AGGCUAAUCACAUGAUCAGGUGGGGCUGCCGCCGCCGCUGCUGUAGGGAGUCGAGCUGUGAAGAAAUACCCAAGCUGGCGACAGCGCGGUGAUUCCUGGAUACGUUUCCGCUCGUAAACGAUCUUGCCCGGCGACUAACGGGUGUUAUGGAGCCAGCUGAAGGUAGAGUACACGCCCUGUGACAUGUUGGCCCAGGCAGCAUCAUGGCACCGCGCACCUCCUCCUAAACGCCACAGCCUGUUUCUGUCGUCAUGGCGUCCAGCUAUGCGCCACCUUUUGAGGGCACGGGUGAAGUGAAGGAGGGCUUCCUGUGCCCUCUGUGCCUGAAGGACCUUCAGUCUUUCUACCAACUCCAAGGCCACUAUGAAGAGGAGCACUCAGGGGAUGAUCGGCAUGUCCGGGGACAGAUCAAAAGUUUGGUUCAGAAGGCGAAGAAAGCCAAAGACAAACUGUUGAAGAGGGAUGGAGACGACCGGCCAGACACCGGCGGCAGUUAUGAGUCUUUCUACUACGGUGGAGUCGACCCAUAUAUGUGGGAGCCUCAGGAACUUGGAGCAACUAAAAGUCACUUGGACCUGUUUAAGAAACACCGGGCAGCCCGCAUCGAUCAUUAUGUCAUUGAAGUCAACAAGCUCAUCAUUAGACUGGAAAAGUUGACGGCGUUUGACCGAGUCAACUCAGAUGCUGCUAAAAUAAGAGCCAUCGAGAAGUCCGUAGUGUCUUGGGUGAGUGACUCGGAUGUCCCCUUCUGUCCUGAUUGUGGAAACAAGUUCAACAUGCGAAACAGACGCCACCACUGCCGCCUCUGCGGCUCCAUCAUGUGCAGGAGGUGCAUGGAGUUCGUCCCUCUACCUUUGGCCCAGAAGCUCAUUAAUGGGACUCGAGAGGCCCUGUGUGUGCCUGGAAGCCCCGGUCAGUCCCAGUCUCCACCAGCAGGGGGCGGCGGCGGCGGCGGCGGGAUGGGCUCCAGGAGGGGCAGCAUCACCAGCCUGAGCAGCGUAGCCUCCAUAUUGGAGGAAAAGGAUGACGAGAAGAUCCGCUGCUGCCACCACUGCAUGGACACGCUGCUGAAGAGGCAGCAGAAGUUGGAGGAGAAGGACCACGUUCCGGAUGUAGUCAAACUCUAUGAGAGGCUGAGGAUGUGCAUGGAGAAGGUGGAGGAAAAGGCUCCAGAGUAUAUUCGAAUGGCUGAAUCCCUCAACGCCGGAGAAACCACGUACAAUCUGGACACCGCCGGUGGACUGAGGCUGGAAGUGCAGAAAUACUACGAACUGAUCGAUGCUCUAAGUAAGAAGAUCUUAACACUGGGGAUCAAAGAUGAGCCGCCGCCACGCCCGAAGGCGCUCCAGCUGCAGAAGAUGAUACGCUACACGGCCACACUGUUUGUCCAGGAGAGGCUGUUGGGGCUGAUGUCUUUACCCACUAAAGACAAAUACGAAGAGCUCAAAGAGAAGCGGAAACAGGAACAAGAGAGGAGACUCCAACAAGAGAGACAGGCGGCUCAGGAGACUCUGAAGAGGAGGCAGGAGUAUGAGAGAAACCGUCCAUCGGCUAACGGGGAGCUGCCGCAGGCCCCCAGAGCCCCCCGCAUGACUAAAGCCGGUGGCUGGCUGCCCUCCGCAGACGCCGGCCACACUCGCAGGGAGCUGGAGGACCCCCUCCUGCAGCAGAUUGAAAACAUCCAGUCGUUCCUCCGUCAGGCCCGCGAGGCGCGGCGGACCGACGAGGUGGCCAUGCUGGAGGAGAACCUGCGUCAGCUGCAGGACGAAUACGACCAGCAGCAGACCACCGUCGCCAUGGCGCUCUCCCAGAAGCUGGCUCAGGAGGAGAGCUUACAGCAGGGGGAGCUGCAGCGCCUGGAGGCCCGGGAGAGGGAAGGGAGGGAGCAGUGGGGCUCCGCUUUCGCCUCCACCCAGCCUUCGCUCACCUGGGAGCCGUCUCUGGACAUCAGCCCGGCAGGAGAUCACCAGGUGGAGGAGGAGGAGGCGGCGGCAGCAGACGUCCCGACUCUGAAGACUGAGGCCAGUCCAUCGGCCGUCAGGGCGCUCUCCUCCGUCACCUCGCAGGAGGAUUCUCCUCCCAGACUAAGAAGCUUAGGAGGGCACAUAACCCCCCCUGGUGGCGAAGGACAGAGCAGCGCCUCCCUUAACCCCUUCGAAGAGGAGGACUCCACUCCCAUCGAGGAGGAUCCAUCCAACCCCUUCUUUGAGGACAUCAAGAGGGAAGUUUCCAACGGGAAGAAGGAGUACAACCCUUUCGACGAAGACGCAGACCCCGAGGAGGACAAACGGGCCGAGGCGGAGCGAGGCAACCCCUUCCAGGAGGAGGACGCCGACCCACGGAACCCCUUCCUGGACGCCGCUGCCGGGACGUCGCCGGGGGCCUCGACCAACCCCUUCGACGAGGACGGCGAUGACGAGGGCCUGCCUGACGUGGACAUGAUAGAGGAAGAACUGCUGCUCCAGCAGAUCGACAACAUCAGGGCCUACAUCUUCGACGCCAAGCUCAGCGGGCGGCUCGACGAGGUGGAGCUGUUGACGGAGAACCUCAAAGAGCUACAGCAGACUCUGCAGGAGCAGAAGAACAAGAGGCACUAACGCACCCUGCCCCCCCCGUCACCCGUCACUCACCAAGUUAUCCCAGGUCGGCUCGCUUUAGGAACCAUCAACCCAGCUUACUUCAGUUUGGAUGACGUCUUAUCGAAUUAAACGUGUUCUUAGAUUUCAUUUAACAUCUUUCUAGAUCAUUUAUCCUUGUAUAAGGUUGCAUCGGGCUGAGAUCCACCCCAUGCAUGAAUUCAAAGCUCUGAGAGUAAAAAAUCAACUUAGAGACACGCUUGUAUAAUUCUGACUAAACGAAGAUGAACAGUGGAAGACAGCAGUGUUACUUUGACCCGUUGGAUGGUAUGAUGUGGUUCUGCAGUUGAACUUCUGAACAAAGUCCAAAUGUUUUUUGUUUUUUUUUAUUCCGUUCUGUGGAUAUAUGCAUUACUGCGUUUGUGCAUUUUCCAACUAAAUGUCUGCACAUAACUGAACGCUGUUGUUCUGACAGGACCAAGAACAACAGGCGGGAGUUCUGCAACUACAGACAGAUCCUAAAAUUAGAGUCAUUUCAACCAAAUUAAGUGAUUGUCAAGGCGACACAUAUAACCCUUUAGGUUUCUGUUAAGAGUUAAAGGUGCAUUUCACAUCAUGAACUCAUUGUUAGGGGUGCACUCAUCACGCUAAUAAAUAUAGCGUUAAAACCUCUUAGUUUGAGAUGAGUGACAGAAAUAUUUGGGUAUUAAAAUCUGCGGUUAAAUGAUGUAAAUUCAUACUCUUUGUAUAAAACCUUUAGCUAAAAGUCGUGAUCAAAUGAAUUUCUGCUUGAUAAAACUGCUUUUAAUGCACUUUGUCUUAAAAACGAAAAAAAUCUGUAUGUUAUUCCACCCAAAGGUAACAAGAAAAGAAACGUUCAUGUGCGAGCGUACAGGCGGAGGUGUUGUUUUUGAUGCCCACCUCACGGCUGGACUCGUCUCUUUGUCGCCUUCAGACCUUCAAGCCAGAGUUCAUCUGAACACGUUCAAUUCGGAUGUUUUUUCACACACUAUUCCGCAAGGAACACUGUGGCCUGCUGUUGAUUAAGAGUACAAAGUGCUGAAGUAUCAAAGUAAAUUUAAGACACUUCUCGUGAGAUGUUCGCUAACACUAAUGGAUGCCAGCAGUAUUAUGACCCAGGGCUGCUAUGUUAAGUUGUCGUCGCGCUUCCUGUCCGGUUUUCCCAUUUCCUUACGGUGUUCAGCUGCUAAACUGUGACAUCUGCAGGUCGUCAGAAAAACAUGUGGCACUAAAUUUUUUUUUUUUUUUUUGUGACGUAGUGAAAAUCCAUACACGAAUGUGAGCAGUUGAUUUCAGCUUUUGAGGUAAAUGCGACAUCUGUGUUGAAAUAAACCUCGCAGCCAUCACUUUAUUAACUAGAAGAGACUCCUUCUCAGCACAAAUAAAUUCCAUGUGUAACAAU